AUAGUGUGUCAGUUGGUUAUAAUCAAUACAGACCUUGUUUGUAGAGAUUCCAAGCAAAAGCACAACUUGGUGAAGAUGAGCUGGGCAAGUGGAAUAUUUUUGAUUGUGGUCGUUGCAUUGGUGCAAACAAAACCACAGUAUGAGGUGCAAGUGCAAUCACCUGUCUCAUUUUCAUACGCUCCUGGAAAUCAAAACCAACUAUUUGAUGACACUUGCUGUUCACCUAAUGAAACGAACAAUUGCUCGUCUACUGAAACCAACUGCUGCUUUACUGCAUGUAACGAAACUCAAAUCACCCUCUGCUUCAGAGAGGCUCAGCAUUCAACAAAUGACUCAGACUCUACCAACUGUCCUCUAGGAUUGGCAACAGUCCUUUCUGAUACAGUGGCUAAUAUCACAUAUAAUUCUACAGCAAACCUAACCACCACCACCACCACCACGUAUACAGGGAGUUUCCAACUUUUCUACAAAGUGGUAGCUUUGCAGCCAGUAAGAGAGAUCGACCAUGGAGUAAGCACUCUCAACUAUACAAUACAAGAUAUUUUUGUGCGUCCAAUAGUAUACAGUGGAGAACGAGCAUUUCUAUUGAUUCGGGGCAUUAGAGUGGUGUGCAGAGAAGGCUACUUUGGUCCUGACUGUGGUUGCAGCACACGAAACGACUCCACUACCCUUGAACCACCCUCCUGGUCCAAUGCCAAUAAUCUAGCAUUCCUGUCCAUUCUCCCGACAGCAGUGGGCGGGGCAGUGGGUGGACUAGUUUUUAUGGUAUUAUUCCUUGUUUUUGUUAUUGUGGUAGUGUGUGUCUGCAAGUGCAAGAGCAAAAGGAAUCAAGCUACAAGAGGUGUUGUUACUAUUGCAUUCACGUCAGAGGAGAAUCCAAGCAACACAGAAGAUGAUGCCCUCUCAUUGUAUACACAAGUCAACAAGGAGAAUAAUACCCAACAAGAGGAGGCCCCUCCAAUUAACCCUUAUCAGGAAAGCAUCUACGCGGAGGUGAAGAAGACGAGAUCGUUUACUAAGAACGGGCACGUUGACAAGGAGCCACACUACAGUACCCCUAGCAAUGCCUCUACACCACAGUACAGUGUACCUAGCACUGUUCUCAUGGAUACACCACAAUACAGUACUCCACUUUCAAAGGACGCUAGCGAUAACCUUAAGGAGCCACAGUACAGCACUCCUAUUUCUAGGGGGGCUACCCUUACCUGUAAGCCCCAAUACAGUACGCCUGUUAGCACACUACCCAGGGAUUACCCUAAGGAGACACUGUACAGCACACCUGUUUCCAAGGGGACUACAUCACCACACACUAAGAAACCACAGGUUGUGUAUGCUGACAUAAAGGUUUCCAGAACCACAGGGGAUGAAUCUACAAAGUCAAAUAAAAAUGACAAGAUUGAAGUACAGUACUCGGAAAUUCAAGCAUAAGCAUAAGCGUUAUUAGUGGCUGAAAUUGCAGGGAAAACAUUAGAUAAACUAGUUCACCAGCAACUAAGCACAGCUACAAAGAUGAUCUUACACUGGAUACCUGAAUUAAUCUUGAUGGUCACUGCACUGGUGCAAGGACAACCACAGUACGAGGUGCAAGUUGGACUGCCUGUCACAUUUACCUACAGAGAGGGACUAUCGGAUAGGAAUGUUUCAUAUGAGAACACACUAGCUAAUGGCAGCUGUUGCUCACGUAGUGAAGGAAAUACAUCUUGUUCCACUGCUUGUGAGAAUCGUAUCCUUCUCUGUUUCCGAGAGGCUCAACAUUUAGUGAAUGACACCAACAUAGCUGUCUGUCCUCUGGGAGAUAUGACCUUCACUCCUUCUGUAAUGGAUACAGGCAUCAUUACAUUCAAUUCUACAAUUUCAGCAACUACCACUACAUAUCCAGGAAGCUUCCAACUCUACUAUCGAAUUAUUGCACUAUCAAGGGGGUCACAAGAGGUUGAGAGUGAACGACGAACACUGACCCAGCCAAUACAAGACAGAACAUCUACUCUGAAUGGUAGCAGUCAAAUUGGUAUUGGUGGUGUCAGGACACAACUAUUUAUAAACGGAGGACUACGAGUGGUGUGCAGAGAAGGUUACUUUGGUCCUGACUGUGGUUGCAGCCCACAAAACGACUCCACCGGACACUUCACCUGUCACAUUAAUGGUACCAAGGUAUGUCUCCCUGGUUAUCAAAACCCUGAGACCAACUGCAUGGAAGUAGUACAAAUCACAUCCGAACUUACAACAGAAUCUGUCCAGCCUACGCCACACACUAUACAGCAGAGCACCACUACUUUUAUAACAGAGGCAAUGACUACUAUAGGCAUAACAAAUACUUUACCCACAAUCAUGACAACUACGACUAUUGAUGAACCAACAGCUACAAUACCGCCUAACAUAAUGCAGACGAGCUCUACAAAUGAACCUGCAAACGCAAUAAGCUCACUACAGCCGAGUUCAACUAGUGCUACAACAAACGCAGGUACUACUACGGAUGUUUUGCCGAUAGCAAUAGGCGGGGCAGUGGGUGGCCUGGUUGUGGUGGUGAUAAUCAUAUUAAUCACAAUUUUGCUGGUCCUCAAAACUAAGAGAAAAAAAAAGAGCGAAGAAGAUGCUACCACAAUCAUGAAUUUAGAGGAGCUUCCAAAUAGUAAGAACAACACUGAUGGUAUUGACGCUUUGAACUUGUAUGCUAGUGUCAACAAAGAUGCAAACAAAUGUGCAGAAACACCACAAGAGGAAGCCCCUGCAGUUAUCCCUUAUCAAGGACAGAUCUACUCGGAGGUGGAGAAGACGGGACUGUUUGGUAAGCAGGAGAGUGAUUCAACUAGUGAGGAGCCUCAGUACAGCAUGGCAACAGCUGGUACCUCUAAACUGGAGAGUGUCGAUGACAACGAAGAGCCAAGAUACAGCACAACUCAAUUCCUAGCUAUUGAUAAGGAGCCACAGUACAGUUCUCCCAAUGCUGCGAGUGCAUCGACUCAGGCACUCAAUGAAGAGCCUCGAUAUGACAUCACUUUUAGAGGUGCCUCUACGGCAACUGGAACCAACGAAGAACCACAUUACAGCACUGCCAUUAGAAAUGUGCCCUCAAACACAGCUACACAGAUGCAGAUAAAUGAGGCUGGCUACAGUAUUCUAAAGGGUGACCCUAAACGCUUCGAAAAUGUGAAUAUUGGACCGGAAUACUCCAAGCUGGAGGGCACCACACAAGUGACACAACAUCAGGUACAGGACGAGAGUCAGUAUUCGGAACUUGAGACUACCAAGAAGCCUGAUGUUCAGAUCUAUGUGGCUGGCUACAGUGCACUUGAAGAAUCUCGAUACUCUGAAAUUGAAAGUGAAACUAAGCAACCACAGAUUGUGUAUGCUGAUUUAGAGAUUGCAGAUAGCCAGAGUGCUGACAAAGCAACUACACAAACGUCUGACAACAUGAACACAACAGAAGUACAGUACUCGCACAUUAAGAACGGACAGUCAGUUUAGUCAUCCCCUGUCAAGACAUAACAAUAACCCCAUUAUAAUUUAUUAUGCAUGCUCAGAUACACUUCUAUAUUUUCUGCACUCGAUCGAUACCUUUAGUAGUAUAGUACCGUAGCGGGUAGUUUUUGUUGUUGCAAAUUUUAGUAUAAAUACUAAAUAUUUCGUACACUAAAUAUUCGUACAUUUCAGGAGGGUGACCUACAACCUAUUGCGUAACGAUUUCU